ACCACCUAAAUUUCGCGUUCAGUGCAAGUGUUGGCAUAUGAUGGCAUUAACAAAGCGGAUUAAAUGUUUUAAAUAUUUAGUUUACAGCUACGUCGUGCUCUUAAUGGUAACUGGUGCUGCCCAAAUUCUAGUAGGCACAAUUUUGUUAUGGGGUCAUUCUGGAUAUUACGGUAUUGUUCAAAAUAAACUAUGGGCGCCAGCCGCAAUACUUUUGUGCUUGGGACCAAUCACAUUUCUCCUUUGUUGGAUGGGAUGUCAAGCCACAAACCAAAGGAAGCGAUGUUUAUUAGGAACGUUCAUAGCGGCGCUGGUGACAUGCAUUUGCUUUCAAUUCUUUAUAUGUGGAUGGUCGUUAGCGAUGCGCGAAAGCCUUCCGACUUCUGUAGAGAUUUUUAUAGAUGAUUCAUUUGUUGAAUUUCUUGACAAAUUUUCUAGGACAAAGGUUGACAAUUUGCAUUUAUGGAACCGUAUGCAAUCACAGUUACAGUGCUGUGGAGUAGAUGGGCCCCUGGAUUAUCGUCGCCUCUCCCUUCCGUGGUCUUGCUGCUCUCGACCAGAACAUGCUUAUGAGUCCGCAUGUGACACUCAUUAUAAACGAGGUUGUUUAUCCGUUGUAUCUGAGCAAAUUAGAAAUCGGUUACUAUUUACAUCACUAGGCUCCGCAAUCAUAGCCAUUGCACAGAGUUUGGGCCUGUUUUGUGCAGUUCAUUUAGCAAUUUUGUUUGGAAAAAGUGAAAAUAAUCAUAAUAUUAACAAUUUAAGCAAAAAACGUCAACAACAAUUUCUUCCUUUAUCGAUUCAAGAUAAACGACAUGAUAUGCCCUCCCCUCUUAGUCUUUCACCUUCAGCUCCAGGUCAUCGGAUUAUUAAAACUUCAAAGCCACCAACCAUACCGAAAUGACAGACAAUUAGUUUUUAAAAUGAACAAAUAACUUAAUUCUUUACAUAUUGUAAACUGAGAUGGAAUGUAGAUAAUUGUGACCCUCAA